AUGGUGGUUGUCGUCAGGUACAUCGCGGCCGACCACAAGUACAUUCCGUUCGCGCACGAAUGGUUUGGCGCGUUUGCAGCGCUUGGCGUUGGGUUUGUCCUUGUCUCGGUGGACUUUCGAUCGGGGGGUGUCCUCCACUCGGCCACGAUGACGCCGCAUGCGCCGCCGCAAGUGAUGCCCCUCCACGAGAACGUGCCGCUCCUCCACGCCCCCAAGCGUCUCGAGAUGUACGGGACAUCGCCCUAG